AGGAGGAGGAGGAGGUGAGUCAACAUCGAAGAGAAACGAGAAAAGGAGGGAGAAGAGCAGGGAGGGGUAAAAGAGGAAAAGGAGGCAGCGCAGGAGGAGGAUGAGGAGGGUAGGAAAAAGAAAGUAAGGUAUUUCGUCCCCAGCCCGUGCUUCUGUGUCGGUCCCCUCACCUCUCGCACUCUCAAGAUACUCAAGACACUCAACAGUGACGGACAUUUGGAGUCUCGAGUGAUGCCUAAGCGGCUCAGAGAUGGCUGCCUUAAGAGGUCCGAGGAGCAGCUGUCACGAACAGAAAUGAAGAAAUGGAAGAAAAACAUGGUGAAAAAUAACAAUAUUAGCAAAAGACAAAUAUAAGCGUCAAGAAAAUAUUGCAAGUUAAAAAAGUGACUAAGCUCAAAAGACAUGUAAACAGGGAAAGAAAAAAAAUGAAGUCACGAAAAACACGAAAGAAUAAAACGGAAAACAAGACCAUAAAUAGUAAAUGAAGACUAAACUACAAACGUAUUAUAAAAACGUAGUGAGUGAAAGGAAAACUAAACAAAACGUGGAAACACUACGCUAACAACUGAAAACAUGAAACAGGUAGAAGUGAAAAGCAAAGCAAAGCAAAGCAUUAUAAAUAAGUGAGGUGAAAGAUGGAGGAUUGCCACUGUUACAACCAUUGAAAACUGUAAACUAAUGUGUACUGACCAUCGGCUCUGACCAUGCCAGCCAUCAGCGACACAGGCGACGACCCGAUCACCUAUACGGACCUUGACCUAGACUCGAAGGUGAAUGCGAUAGAUAGAGGAGAAGAAGGAGGAGGAGAAGGAAUAGUGCCAAUGGAGGAGGAGGAGGACGACGACUUUCACCUUCACCCAGACGAGCUGAAUAAGUUUCGGACAAUCAUGUGGAAUCGCUUCAUGGAACAAUCCACCGUCAUUGUCAACGCCACGAACGACGACCAAAAGGUGUUGCGCUGCUUUGAACAGUUCGUGACGUCCUUCAUGGAGCCUGACUUAGGGGGUGUGGGGAAAGGGGCGUGCCCAGUCAAGUUUGACGGCGUGUCCUGCUGGCCCCAGACGCCCCCCGGCACUCUACGAAUUAUACCCUGCUUCGAGGUGUUCAAUGGCGUCUACUACGAUCCUUCAGAAAAUAACGCCACUCUCUACUGUUACGCGAACGGGACGUGGUCAAGCCGCUCCUUCUACGACUACUGUCUCAACGCCAUCACCAACCCGCCCGGCAGCCACGUCAGCGCCUCCGUCAGUACCACACAGACCAUCUUCUACGUGGGCAACUCCCUCAGCCUGGCAGCCGUGGCACUCGCCCUCUGGAUCUUCAUGUCAUUUAAGGACCUGAGGUGUCUACGCAACACCAUCCACACCAACCUGCUCUUCACCUACCUGCUGCACAACCUAUUCUGGAUCAUCUACGCCUCUGUUAAGGGUCUGGUCGCUGCCCCUGUUGGUUGCGGCUUCUUCGUGACUCUCAUCUACUUCACGCUCACCAACUUCAUGUGGAUGUUUGUUGAAGGUUUCUACCUCUACAUGCUGGUGGUCAAAACGUUCUCGGUGGAAAACAUCAAGUUGAGAGUCUACACGCUCAUAGGAUGGGGUGUUCCGGUUCCCAUAAUGGCGCUCUGGGUCAUACUUAAGUCCCAGCUUGCCGUCAGCCAUGAGGGGACGGAGCUGGAGGCGGUGGCGGUGGCGGGGCAGGAGCUUGAAGGCCUCAUAAGGACGUGCCCGCUGAUGCCCGCGAGCCACUUUGACUGGCUACACAAGGUGCCCAUCCUCGUGGUGCUCUCUCUCAACCUGCUCUUCCUGGCACGCAUCAUGUGGGUCCUCAUCACCAAGUUGCGGUCUGCCAACACGGUGGAGACACAGAGAUCCCGCAAGGCCACCAAGGCGCUGCUGGUGCUUAUCCCGUUGCUGGGCCUCACCUACAUGCUGCUCAUCGCCUUGCCGCAGGAGUUGGAGCAUGUGCGGGCCGUCCUUCUUUCCACACAAGGCUUCUGGGUGGCGCUAUUCUACUGCUUCCUGAACAGCGAGGUGCAGAACAGCAUCAGGCACCACAUAGAGAGAUGGAAGACUGCCCGCGGCCUGGCUGACCCCCGCUGCCAGUCCGUCAGACACAGGGACGGCUCGCCGCGCCCCAAGACUGACUGCUCAAGUUACGGUCGACGGCUGUUCGGAGGCAAGAGGGAGUCUCUAUGUUCAGAAGUGACCACAAUGACAACAGUCGUGGCCAACGGAUACAACCCAGUCAGCACCCAGACCACGACCACCACCGCCGCUGCGCCCAACACUCUGCCACUGCCUCAGGUUCAGCAGCCUUGUAUCCCCAUGGGUCACCUCAGCUACAGGAAUUCGACAGCGGGGAUCAGCGAGGAAACAGACCCUAAGAUAACAGUCAAGGAUUCGCUACUGUAAAAGAAGUAACAAGAUAAUACAAAAUAAGCAAAAUGAAAAACUGGGACGACAGCAGUGAUUAACAAAUCAGCACAGUAGGAUAUUUUUUAUCAUCAUUAUGAUCUCAACAUGUUUCAGUAUUGUGGGAGUGAAUUGUGUUCCAGAAGCACGCUUGCUGCUUGUCUUGGCUGAGUCACUACCAAGGAAUCAACAAAUGAUCAAAAGAUAACAAGGGCACUUGAAAGGACGAGACACAAUACUCUUGCCUUGACAACUCCCUCCGUUGCCAAGGUAGUCACGGGUGAAAACAAAAAUAUACUAUAUAUAACAAAAUAAAACACUUGUACUUGUCUUCACCACCACCACCACCACCACCACCACCACCACCACCACCAGGACUACCAUCACCAUCACCACUAACCCCUGAACAAUAAUAAUAACAUCAGCAACAAGAAAAUCUGUUGUGGUGUCCGUACGACUGAACAAGCGAGUGUGGAAGCAAAUAAAUAAGUAAAACGCACUUUUUUCCCCGUGCAGUUAUCGACAGCAUUAGUGGUGGUGGUGGUGGUGGUGCGAACAUACAUCAGGGACGGGAUGGAGGGUUGGGGCAAAGCGGGGAAAGCAUGGCACGAUGCAACGAGACAGAAAGGAACAAGACAAACUUCUGUAUUUCAGGAGACGUGAUAGAACUCGGCUUGACAGGAAGAGUGACCGAGGCGACGGACACAAUUACCAAUGUGUAUGAUGAAAGUGACUUUAGUGUAUACAAGAGUGUUUUUGAGUAUGAAGCUACUUUCCAAGCGACCAUAAAGCAAGUAAAGGUGGCAGUAUGUACAGGUAUUGAGUAAAUGAGGAACAUAAUUCUAAUGUAUUCUAAAAAGGCAUGUAUACGUAACAAUGCUGAUAACGGAAUGACCUAAAUAUGUAUACGCAUUUGAAGUUGCUUUGUUAAAUAUACACACGAGUGCAGGCACGCAGUCUUCUGAACUACCUCGUGCACAUGACCGCCAGGAAAGUAAAGGGCUUGUUAGUGGUGCGUGACACAUAUGUACAGCAGAUGGACACAGAAAUUCAACAACGACGCGAAACUCAUAACAAAUAGAAACACAUACAAACACAUACCUGCACAAUAUAAAGAAAUACACACGCACACGCACACGCGCGCGCGCACACACACACACACACACACACACACACACACACACACACACACACACUGGAGAAUGCCUACACAAACUGCUCAGAUGUAAAAAUUCGCAAGCUUCAAAAAAUAUAGAAGAAGAGCACUUUGUUUCCACGCACCGAGCAUUCAUGGCUCACAAAAAUAAAUACUCUACGUGCAUGUACAAAAAUUCACAUGUAGGUAAGCUGAAAAAAAUAAAUAAAUAAGUAAA